AUGGCUAUUUAAUUGCUCUUUAUUUAUAAAUUCUUACAAGAAACCUUCUGCACUCCUGAUUAGCCUAAGCGGCUCUGCAACUUGAAUGAUGGGUUGCAUCCAGAGCAGGAGACGUGAAGAUCUCCACUUUGACACUAGAGGUUCUGGAACUCCGCCACCAGUGUUGCCGUCUCACAACUCACCUAAUAGACGUAUUUCAUCUCCUAAUAGAGGUCAAAGUCAAGGAUAUGGGCUGAGGCAAUUUACUUAUAUGGAGCUAGCAAUAGCAACUGAACAUUUCUCCAACAAUGUACUCCUUGGCGAGGGUGGUUUUGGUCAAGUCUAUAAGGGAUUUAUAGAUGGUAAACUCUAUGCUGUUAAGAAACUUAAAAAUCAACCAGAUGAACAAACUCAAGCAACUAUGGAGGAGGAGAUUAGGGUCAUAAGCAGAGUCCGUCACCGGAAUCUUGUUGAGCUGAUAGGGUACUGCAUUCAAGGAAACAAUAGACUGCUGGUUUUAGAGUUUCUUUCCAACAAGUCCUUGAAAUAUCAUCUACAUGGGAAGGAAGUGUUGGAGUGGUCAAACAGAAUGAAAAUUGCUAUAGGUUCUGCAAAAGGAUUGAAGUACCUACAUGAAGAUUGUAACCCUAGAAUUAUACAUCGAGAUAUAAAGGCCGACAAUAUUGUUCUUGACGAAAAUUUUGAACCGAAGGUCACAGAUUUUGGAUUAUCCUUAUUUUUUCCAGAAAAUGUUACUCACAUUUCCAAAUCCAUCCACGGAACUGAAGUAUAUGUAGAUCCUAUUUAUUCUGGAAGAGUUUCUUAUGAAUCAGAUGUAUAUUCUUUCGGUGUUGUGCUUUUAGAGUUGAUCACAGGAAGAAAAACUAUGAUUGGAGACACUACCAUUGUUAAUUGGGCAAAGACUCGAAUUAAACCAGCUGUAGAAGGGGAUUAUAUGGCCCUAGUUGAUAUCAAACUGUCAGAAUAUAAUAAAGAGGAAAUAAAUCGGAUGAUUUUUUGUGCGGCUGCUUGUUUAUAUAAACCUUUAAAAUCUCGUCCAAAAAUGGGACAGAUAAUUCAAAUUCUUGAAGCAAUCCUUCCUUUGAAGGAUAUAUGGGACGAGAAGGAUGACAAAUAUCUAAAUGGUAAUUGAAGUCUCACGAGGAAAUGACACUGGAGCGUGGAUGAGUGAGCGAGGACAGGACAGUAAAUUCCAAUACGAUGGAGCUCCUCGUCCGUCGUUGGUUUUUUAAUUUUCAUUCGUGGCUUCGGAAAGUCCCCAACCGCUUGAGGAAUUAUCAACUUAAUAGAAACGACAAUAAUGUAGAAAAAAAAUAAACAAGUUAGUGGUUUGAUUUUAAAUAUGUGGACUUUCGGAUAACCCUCAAGUCUUAUCCAACAGAAGAACAGAUGAAAUAUUUUAGGAUGCAAGAUUUCAAAUUUAUUAUCUAUCAUUCACAUCUCCCAACUACCCAUCACAUAUGAUAUUGAUAGUGCUAAA